CUUAGAUUCCACUGAAGAAUGGCGAACCCAGAGAGCCGCCCUCAGCCUCCAGACGGCGGUUGGGGCUGGAUGGUGGUUCUGGCCGGGUUCAUCGUCAGCGGCUGCACGGCCGGAAUUUUUCGAUCCCUCGGAGUCUUCUUCCUGACGUUCAGCCAACAGUUUCACGCCAGCUCCGCGGAGACGGCGUGGAUAACCUCUAUCCUGAUGAGCGUCAUGUUUUUUCUUUCUCCGGUUGGCACUGCCUUGGGGAGCACUAUAGGUUUCCGCCCGACCAUCAUGUUGGGAGGGGUGCUCUCAGCAGCCGGCUACAUCAUCAGUGGUUUUGCGACCCGCAUGUUUCACCUGUACUUGGGAAUUGGCUGUAUAACAGGACUUGGUUACGCCUUCACUCUCAGCCCUGUCAUGGCGAUUGUCGGGCAGUACUUCACAAAAAGACGUGCCAUAGCCAACAGCCUGACCAUGCUGGGCUCCAGUGUUACAUCCAUGUCGUUCCCGCCACUUUUCCAAUACCUGAUGGACGAGUAUGGCUUGAAGGGCGCUCUGCUUAUUAUAGGCGGCAUGAUGCUGAAUAUGGUUGUAGCAGGAGCCUUGAUCAGACCUCUCGAGGCUUACACAGACAAAAAUGGCUCUAAGAAGCAAAGAAACAGCGAAAUGAACGCAGACGCGGUCCUGGAAACUGGAACGACAAAGAAGUGUUCAGCAGCUGCAACGAACUUUCUAAAAACGUUUUGGGCACAGAUGGACUUCAAAGUUAUUUUGAUGCCUGCGGUGGCACUUUUCUUGACGUCGUUGUUCUUAGUGUCACUCGGCGUCAUUGUGCCAGCUCUGUACAUCGUCCCUCGCGCCAAGCAGCUUCAGAUCGAGGACUACGCGGCGGCGUCCCUCCUAUCAGUCAUCGCUAUCGCAGACAUGGUCGGUCGGUUAGCAGUCGGGGCCAUCCCGGACAACUCACGGUUCAGCCGGUUUGACCAGUACGGACUGAGUCUGUGCCUGUUGGGCGUCUCCAACCUCCUGUCUCCGCUGGCCAAGACGUACCCGGCGCUCGUGGCGUACGCUAUCGCACACGGGGCGUUCUACGGCGCGUUCAUUCCGACAUCACUGACCUGUGUGGCCGAACUGGUUGGCCCGAAGCGUCUUCCCAGUGCAAUUGGAAUCCUGAUGUCAAUACAAGGGUUUGCAUCGCUGGCUGGACCACCGUUUGCAGGCUGGCUGUUCGACGAGACCCAAAGUUACGACGCCACGUUCCUCCAAGCAGGCGCCGGUUUCCUGCUGGCCGGGCUCUUGCCGUUCCUCCUUCGGCUCAGGAAGAAACGGCCGGCGGACACGACGGAGGAGCCGGCGGACUCGCCACAAACAGUGAAGGGGGAGAAUGAGACUUUACUCGUAUCCGCACGUGAAACUGCCGUGUGAUCAUUGCUGCAAUUUAUCAGUGAAAUGCAGUGGGCUACAUAUUAUCAUUAUAAGUACUAGUUACAUAACAUGAUGUUGACAUAUAGUUGCCACCACACCUCAAAUGAUACCUAAUAGUAUAUAUCAUAAUUGGUUCUUGAACUAUGCAUCUACUAUGCAUCUACAGGAAUAGGUAGCAAAUGUAAAUACUCAAGAAUGUACAUUUUAUUCAAUAUAUAUGUAACGUUACGUAUAUAACGAUAUGUGUAACGCAACGAGAACGUGUUUUAUUUCUUGUCAAUAUUUUCUACCAUGAUCUCUCAUGUGAGGAAGAAUAAAGAAUGAAAGAAAGAAAGAACGGAAAGAAAAACACACGACAUAAUGUAAGAUAAUUACGCUGGCCAGAAGUAAGAUGCAUAAGCUAUGACCGAAUCAGACAACUGACCUCUACCAUAACACCGAUCAACUACAAGAGGC